AUGCAGGAAGAAACGGUGAAAGCAGACGAAGAGUCAUGGACACAAACGUUGAUAACCAUAACCCCCCAAGAAGAUGCUGGGAUUCGCACAAUAACUGAAACAACAUUGAUAUCGGGGGUGAGCGACACUCCCCUAGUCUUGGGUGUCGACAACGUGAUAAUCAGGAGCAAUGUGCAGCUCAAAACGAUAAGACGAGACUUGUUAAUAACUAUUGCCGAGUUAGAGAAACGAAUAAGUUGUAGUGAUGCGGGAUGUCAAACUUACCUUCGGGGCGUACCCAAGGUCGAAUUGCUGUCCCAGUAUAAAGAUAAGGCAACGCAGACAAUGUAUUUGGGAAGAAUUUGUCUACACGACCACAAUUUCGAAGAUAUCGCAAGAAUAAUGAACGACCGAAUCAUACCUGUAGCAGAGAAAAUAACCGAAAUUACACAAACUGUUAUUAAAUUCGAUGCGCAUACGUCGAAUGCUCGUGUGAUUGAUCGUCUGACUAAGGGAGUCGCGACAGAAGAUUUGCUGGAAGAUUAUAACAUAGUGGAAAGCGCGGAAGCGAACGCCUAUGUCACGGACAUUUUUUACCACAUAAUGAACAGAGUAUUCUGGCUCUCUGAUCCCGGCUGUAGUUUUCCCGAAAUUAAACUCAAGCACAAAGAGAUACAGACUUGUAUCAAAUGCUAUAACAAUCUUGGAAAGAUUGUUCUCGAUGCAGACACGCAAACCAUUCUGACCUGCGAGCCAAGGCAAUCCAAUACAAACUUACUUACCGAGUGGACAGCGGUAAGAUCGUUUCUGCGCGAUAUUAUUGAGGAAUGCGUGGAAAACGGUAUUCGCCCACUGGUGACUGCGGACGUGAUACUCCACGACGUGGUCGAAAGAUGCGCCGGUCAAAUCCGUUUACCGUACAGAGAUGAAAUGUUACAGACAUUGGCAUCGUGCCAAGCACUCGAGGGCACGAACGACGAGAUACUUAGAAAGCUACGACUCGAUGUUAUUGUUGAUACGUUCGAAUCGUCGGUAAUAGCAUUAUCAGUCGUUGGGGUUCUCUUGUGUAAUACUUACUUUGAAAUACACCAAAAAGCCCCUACCGUUGUCGCAGAUAUCAUAAACCGUCUGCUAAAGAAGUCUGUGUUUGUCGCUGAAAAAGUUGCAGCGAUCCGCCAAGAAGGGGCAUCACGUAAGCCACUGGAUGAUGUGCUUGCCGCGAGAACGCGACGACUUAGAGAUUUAUUGGAGAAUAAAACCGUGGCAACGCUCAGCACAGGUACACAAACCGGAUUGGCUGGUGUGCCAGACCUGAUAGAAUUGAAUGAAUCUAAAAGAACAACCUGCUCGACUUGCGUAAGACGCUCAGAGUGUUCUGUUUGCGUGGCGAAUGGUGAUAAAGAAUGGAAUGCUCCAUCUGGAGUCAGGAGGGAAGAAAUCCAUGGGAAGAUACUCAGAACUCAGGAUAUUUUACUCGCAUACAACCCCUGUUACGUGAUGGCAACACCUUCCAAAAUCAGCGAAAAUCAGUCUUCCGUUACACUAUCGAGUCAGUUUCACACAGUGCCCAUAUCAGCUUCGGCGAAAAGAACGCAGCUGCUCUUGAAAGCUAACCUUCGAGCUUCCAUUUCAUCCUCGACGUCUAGCUCAAUUCAAGACAAACCACAAGCUCAGAGACAAGAAUCCAACUGCAUUCGACCAUUGAAUACAAAACUGUCAGCUGCAGGGUCGUUGGAAGAGUGGGGAAAAGUGGUGCAGGUCUUUACAUUUACUCCCGAUGCGUGGUCGGUAUGCGGUCCAAGCCGUUGUGGCAGCGGCACUGUCAUAAACCGGUACCCAAUUUCGUCGCUGCAAAUCUCUGGAAUACAACACAAAGAGGAGUGUACAAGGAGCGGGUGCAACUUGCCCAUACAGUCCAUAAAGGCUUUGCGUAUUCUAAAAAAUAUUUUUAACCGAAAGCAAGGAUCAUGCAGCAAUUGCACGUGCAAUCCUAAAGGAGGGCAAGGGAGCAGAGGAAUUACAAGUACCACACUGCCUCCUGCCGUAAUCUGCAGCAAAUCAUCGGGGAUAACUAAGGAGGAGAGCAAGGAUGAGGUUCAAGCUUUGAAGCUCUGUGAGCGUAAGUCGCGAGAAUUGGACUCUGGUAAAAAACCGUACAGGGAGAGUCUUGAGGUAGUUCCGAUUAUUCGCUUACCAAGUCGAAAAAGUAAAAGCUAA